AGUGAAGUUUUUGAAACCCUUUAAAAAUCACCCAAAAUGAACCGACGUAACAACGCACGCAACAACCGCAAUCAACCCGGUGGAAACAUUCAGCAACAGUACGAUCAAAGUUUCGUAUCCGGAGGAGUUAAUCAGGAUUUUCAUGCGUGAAAAAUUUAAUUAGGUACUAGAUUCUUGUGAUAAAAUAUAUAGUUAUGUACAUUGUCCAUCAAGCGCAAAGUUCCCGGACUGAAAGUUGGAAGAUCGACUCGUUCCUGGGGCAACAACAAAACCAGCAACAGCAGCAGCAGCAGCAGCAACAACAACAACAGCAAUUUGACCCAGUCAAGGAGGAACAUGAUGAUCAGGAUCAGGACAAUGGCGAUGAGACUGGCGGAAGCAAGAUUCGUCGGUUUUUCGGAAAUCGCAAGAAUCUUACACCGGCUGAGCGCAAGCGCUUGGACAAGCAGCGUAAGCAGCGCCAACAGCAGCGUCUGCGCAAGAUGCUGUCGCCCAAGAACGCCGUCGUGGCUUUGCAUGAGCUGCAGGGACCCGGAAUGGGUGAAUUCGUCAUCCACACCAAUGGGCAACAAACGACGGCCGAAAUUGUCGUGAACAACGUCCGCUACGAGGCUACCGCCAACAGCAAGCACCUGGCCAAGUCCCGUGCCUCGGAGAAGGCAUUGCGCGACUUGGUUAUUGCCCAGAUGGCAAAGGCCCAAAGCGGUUCAUCCAAUGGCAAUGGCAAUGGAAACGCCAACAACGAUGACGUUGAAAUGACAGAUGUGUCCGGUGAACCCGACGGUGUUCCAAUGCUGCACCUGGCCUCAUUCGCCCUCUACAAAUUGUUCAACGAGUGGCAGAGUGAAGGGUUCGAAAUUCCAGCAAUCAGACCGACCAAGGGUGGUGCGCCCAAGGCUUCCGAAGAUGGUGUCAAUCCGCUGGCCCCGAAGGUCGCCAAGACCAAGGCCGAUCUGCCAGCCGAUGCCCCCAACCGGCACCCGACUUCGCUGCUCGCUUUCAUGCGGCCGCAGAUCCCAUACGAAGAUCUGGGUUCCAACAACAGCACUGAUCCGGCCAAGCGCGAGUACUCGUUCGGAGUAACCGUUGAUGGUCAACGGUUCAUCGGCAAGGCCCGUACGAAGAAGAACGCCCGCAAGGAAGCGGCCGCUGCGGCGUGCAAGGCCAUCUUCGGUGUUAACUUCGUCGAGACCGUCACCGCCUAAAGUGUCACUCGGCGGAAGAAACAUAAAGCACAGUCGCACCCGUCUCCGGAUGAGCGAAUCGAAGUGUGACCCUAAUCAUUUUUCUAUCCCUCCCUCUCCCUAACUUAUGCAAACACAGCGUAUAUAAAAAUAUUUUAAUCGAUUGAUCGGUCGAUUACCGCGGUCACGGAUGUUUGGUAGUUAUAGAAUUCCCCUUUAAGGUUUAGAUUUUAUUAACCUUAAACUUUAAAACACAGCGGUUCGUUUUAGUAGAAAACCAACAAAAAUCCAGACUAGCACUAAGGCCCCCUAGGUUUUAAGUUUUCAAAACUACACACGCUACUAUGAUUGUGUGUAAGUAUUAUGCAAGGAAAGUUUUUGUUCACCGCUGUGUUUAACUGAUUUGAUCGGUAGCCGAUUGGUGACUUCUGCGACGAAAUAAACUGGACUUUAGAAUAAAACUCACCCCCCCCCCCCCUGAUUAGUUUUCGCAACCGGACAGACAGAGAGACCGCUAGUAGGGCUAGAAACAAUUUACUCAUAACAUUAACUAUUCCAACUUUGUAAAACUUCAUUGUAUUGGCAAAGUCAGAUCGAUGUUUGUCUGAUCAUUGAAAUGAAAAUAUAGCAUAGGCCAGAGUAGUGAAGUACCUACUCGAAAGAGCUAA